AUGCUCGUGAGAUGGGAUCUGGCCCGGCGGAUCCUCCCUGAGGGGCCUGCGACCGGAACGCCGGGCCGGAAGGAACAGGGCCGAGCCCCCGCUGCGCUCCCGGGGGCGGCCACGCUGCGCUGCGCCAGGCCCGGCUGGGCGGGGUGGGGCCGGGGAAGCCGCUACGUCACUAGCGAGUCCGGAGGGAGCUGCAGCAGGUCCAGCCAGGAUUCCAUUACCUCACCCGGCAGCGCGGAGCGGCGGCUCGCACAGGACCCAGAGCAGCAAAGCUCUCAGCCCUCCCAGUGCCGACUGUCUGCAGAGAUCCAAGUACUUGCUCUGGGCAAGGCCCUGGCUGCCAGCAUCUGGAGGCUGCCAGCGCAUGUCCAGGAGAGAGGAGAGCUGGCAGAGAGGUCCAGGCGGGUCUGGGAGCAGGGCCGGGGGCGGGGUGACGAGUGUGGCAGUUCCCGAGUCUGCCGACAGAGGGCGCCGCCGCCCCGCAAGUCGCCCGGGCCACGCCCCCUGCCAGGACCCGCCCCUUUGCGGCGGGGAACCACAGCGCCCAGUGAGGAGCGGCUCGGCGGGCUGGGGUUCGAGGCCAUGGGGAUGGGAGGGCGGUGGACUGGCUGGGCCGGGGCAGGAGGAGCAGCAGCAGGGGAUGGGCUGGGCCGGAGCAGAAGGAGGAGCUGCAGGGGAGGUCACCGGCGGGUCGGGGUUUGCGUGGAUCUCAGCAAAGCACAACCCCGAGGCCCCCUCUGCGCUCCCACCCGAAUCGCGGCGGCGGCACGCCCAGGAGGGAGCUCGCCUCUGCAGCUCAACCCACAACCUCUCGGCCGCGGGGCGGGAGAGGGUGGAGAGGGAGGGCGGCGCCCGGCGGACUCCACCCGAGCAGCACCGCCAGCCCCCAAACGCUGCAGUCUAGCCCAUGCCUUGAAGGCCAGCCUGCAGCCUCUUGAGCAGCGCGUGGGGCUCCAACCCCCAGCACUUCCACCUGGUCCAUGUCUCCGAGCUGAGCCCCAACUCUGGUCUAGACGGGAACCUGUGAAGAGCAGCCUCCGGCAGGGAUCCCCCGCCGGCUGUGCGCCCCAGCCCCGCCUCCUCUCCCCCCACCUCGCCCAGAGCACUGGCGACACCCAGCCAGCCGGCAGGGGCUGGACACUGUGUUGCGCUCCGCCCCCAUCUCCUCCCUCGCCCCCACCCAUACCCCUUCAACCAAGGCGAGGACGCAGAUGUGUCAGCUAGGAUCCCUGUCCUCUUACAGCUCCCAGUCUCUAGGGAGACGGCCACCAUCCAUACCAAAGCUUACACCAGGAAGCAGAAAGUGGUUCCGGUUCAGUGGGAGGCACAGGUCCUUAGCUCCCCAAGAAGACACAGCCUCAGGGGGCCGAGUUCGGCCAGUAUUUAGAGCCCUAAAGAUCCGUGUGGGAGGAAGCUCAGAGGUCUCCAGAAUCAUCUUGAGUCAGCAUCCUUUCAAUAAAGGCUCACUGAGCACUUAACGGUGCUUUAAAAAUACCAACGCCCCAGCCCACCCUAGAACUCCCGGAUCAGAAUCUCAAGGGGGCCAGGAGCGGUGCCUCACACCUGUAAUCCCAGCACUUUGGGAGGUCGAGUUAGGAGAAUUGCUUGAGCCCAGGAGUUUGAGACCAGCCUGGACAACAUAGCAAAACC